AACUGAGUGACUGACAGAAAUCAGCACAAUUUUAAAUCACAGUUUGCACCUAUUCUCCGUGUAAAAUGAUUUGUGGGGGAACGACCGAGGCAAAAGACGCCAAUGAAGAGGUGCAGCGCAUUUGCGAUGAGAUGAAGUCCCACGCAGAGCAGAAAGCUGGACAGUCGUUUGAAGUUUUCACUGCCAAGACUUACAAGACUCAGUUGGUGGCAGGGACAAACUACUUCAUUAAGGUGCACGUCGGUGGGGAGGACUACAUUCACCUUCGUGUCUAUAAGAUGCUGCCCCACGCCGGAGAGAAACUGGAGCUGACCAGCCUCCAAACGUCCAAGGCCCACCACGAUCCCAUCGAGUACUUUUAAGACCCCCCCCCCCCCCAGGACUGCAGCGCUACCCGGAGUCCACACCACAACAGCCAGGCCCUGAAGGGGUCCCCCCCACCCCCACUAACAGCGUUUAACCCAAGCAAUCCAUCUGUUACCACUGUGUGAUUCAUGUAGAGACCAUACAUUAGCAGUACUAGGCAAACUCAGUUUUUUUAAAAAUGAAUUUACUGGAAAACAUGAUUUUUUUUUUUUUUACUGUAAAAGAAGGAUUUUUUUAACAUAAUGAUGUGUGUGUGUUAUAUCCAUCCAAGCAGUGUGCAUAUGCAGUAUGCAAGUGUGUAACUGAUUCAACAAGAGAUGUAGUAGCUGCACUUAGUCAAAGGGAA